AUGGCAAACGUCUGUGCUGUCCCAUCAGUGAACGGCAAAUCGCUGCCAGUGGCAGUGACGACGUCGUCGAGUUGCCUAACACAAGGCAUCACCGCGGCACACAACUUCAAGGUGAUCAACUUCUCGCUGCUCGAAGGCAUGGGCGUCGGCAAGUUCGUCAGCUCGAGGAACUUCCGUGUUGGCGGAGGACAGGAGGGCGUGAGGGUCAUGUUCACCUUAAACGUCUUCGGUAAGGAUGGCAAAGUGUGGGUGAAGGAAAACGCGGAGCAUACCUUCAAGUCACCUUUAACACGCUGGGGCUGGCGCACCGUGAUAGAUAAAUCCAGCCCCCUCUUCCGAACGCAGCUGUGCGACAGCAACGACCGCUUCACGGUCAGGUGCGUCCUGACCGUCAUCCAAGACCCCCCAUGUCGAGGACGUGAGCGCCAUCGUCUUCUCGGAGCCCAGCGUGCUGCAGGACUUGGCGAGCAUGCUCAGGGACGGGGACGGCGCGGACGUGACGUGACGUUCGUCGUAGGCGGGCGGUCGUUCCCGGCACACCGGUGUGUGCUCGCCGUGAGGUCCGCGGUGUUCAGGGCGGAGCUCUUCGGCCCCAUGAAGGAGAAGGCCGCAACGCGCGUCAAGGUCGACGACAUGGAGCCUUCCAUCUUUGAGGCGCCGCUUCACUUCGUGUACACGGACACUCUGCCGGACGGUGACGGUGGCGUUGCCACGGACGACGACAAGGACAGGAAUGUGCCGAUGCAGCACCUGCUGGUGGCCGCGGAUCGGUGUGGGCUGGACAGGCUGAGGCUCAUGUGCGAGGUGGGGAUGUGCCGUAGCAUCGACGCGGACACGGUGGCGACUACUCUGGCUUUAGCCGAGCAGCGCCGCUGCAUGCAGCUCAAGAAUGCUUGUCUUGGAUUCAUAGCUUCGCGGGGCAUGCUUGGUGCUGUCGUGCAGACCAGUGGGUUCUGUCAUCUCGUAGAGAGCUGCCCUUUGGUUCUAUUGGAGAUUUUGGACAAGCUAGCUUCUCUAGGAAUCUAG